AUGCAUGAAAGGACCACGUGUCGUGGUACAUCAAGAGAGGAUAAAAACGAUCUACUUAAGAUACGUGUCGCACGAAAGACUACCUGGCAGCUCCUACGUCUGCCUAUCUACCACGUGGGGUCUCCACAGAAACAGAGCAUUUACUAUAAGAAGCAACAAAAAGCACUAGCAUUGACGUCCGAGAAACAACUAAAAGCGGAGAGAGCUGAGGUGGCAGCGAGGCUAGCAGCUGAAGACUUGCAUGACAUUAACAAACACCAUCGCGAUAACGUCACGAUGUAUAAGGUAACGGAGAGAACAGUUGAACAUCCACGAGAGCAGGAGAGGCCAGGAGUGAUAGGAUCGGUCUUCAGGGCUGUUAAAGAAAAUUACGAGCACGCUAGGGAUGCCGUUGUCGGAAAAAGCCACGACGUGGCCGAGUCGACCAGAGAAGGAGCUCAAAUAGCCUCAGAGAAAGCGGCUGGAGCUAAAGAUGCAACCCUUGAGAAGGCAAAAGACACGGCGGAUUAUACAGCCGAGAAGGCAAGAGAGGCUAAAGAUAAGACGGCCGAGAAGAUUGGUGAGUAUAAAGACUAUACAGUGGAUAAGGCAGUAGAGGCUAAGGAGAAGGCGGCGGAGAAGGCAAAGGAGACUGCCAACUAUACAGCCGACAAGGCCAAAGAGGCGAAGGACAAGACUGCUGAGAAGGUGGGCGAAUAUAAGGAUUACACGGUGGAGAAGGCUAUUGAAGCAAAGGAUAAGACAGCAGAGAAGGCCGGAGAGUAUAAGGACUACACGGUGGAGAAGGCCGCUGAAGGGAAAGAUGCUGGAGUGAGUAAGCUUGGAGAGUUAAGGAGUGCCAAGGAAAAAAUGGAGGAAGCUGGAGAAGAAGCGAGACGAAAGAUGGAGGAGAUGAGAUUGGAAGGUAAAGAACUCAAAGACGAAGCUAGAGACAAAGCACGAGAGGGGUCUCAAAAGACCAAGGAGAGUGCUGAGCUAGCAGCUGAAAGAGCUCACGAGACAAAAGAUUCAGCUGUGGUUAGGGGAAAUGAAGCGAAGGGGACUAUAUUUGGUACAUUAGAGAAUGUGACAGAGGCUAUAAAGAACAAACUGACUAUGCCGUCAGACAUUGUAGAGGAAACACGUGUGGCACGUGAACGUGGAAGCACGGCGAGGACCGUGGUUGAAGUCACAGUCGAAGAUACAAAACCUAGUAAGGUGGCGACUACCCUGAAGGCGUCUGAUCGGAUGACCGAUCCGACAUUCAACGAAAUCGAAGUUGAAGAUACAAAACCUGGUAAGGUGGCGGCUACCCUGAAGGCGUCGGAUCAGAUGACCGGUCAAACAUUCAACGACGUUGGACGGAUGGAUUAUUAG